AUGGCGUAUUCUUCGCGACCAACAUCGAUGCUCGGGGCAUCGUCCUCAUCAGGCCUGCGCCAGCCCAAUCUGUCCGGAAUCCCUCCGCAACAAUCGUCUGCGUUGGCCGCCCGAAUUGCUGCCAAAAAGACCGAGUUGGAGAAUUUGAAACAACUCCGCGACAUGAGUGCCACUCUGGCUAUGCAGAUGCAGGCGUUGGAAACCAAGAUCGGCACACUCAAAGACGGCACGGAAGCUGUUGCAUGUGUCCUUGCCAAUUGGGACAACGUCCUACGAGCGAUUAGUAUGGCCUCGACGAAAGCUGCUGCGAUCCAGGGACCCGAAGGACAUACGGCGGAACAAUCACAGGCCCCUCUUAUGCCGGCGACUCUUGUUCGCAUUCCCGCUGAGGAUCGAAAAAAGACGGACGAUUCGUGA